UUUUUUUUUUAAUAAUCAAACGUCUCCGCGUCGCGCGACACAACGAAUCGAUUAUGAAAUUCGUUGCCAACUCUUUUAGUAAUCGAUUUUUAUCGAUUUAAUCGAUUCGUUGUUGCAGCCCUAAUGUUAUAUAUUGCUAAUAUUUAAUUAUAUUGUUGUAUAUGUUGUCUCUGUGUCCGAAUCUGGUUAACAGGUUUCUUAAAAUCAUGAAAUGGCUAUUUUAACAGUUACAGGAUAAUUGCUAGUAAAUUUAAUAAUAAAUUAAUAAAAGGUAUUAAAAAAUAAUAAAUUAAUUUAAACUUAAGGGGGUUAAACAAUAUACGUUACAUAUUUAGACAGAUGAAAAUGUUUAUGGUCAAUUAAUACUACACAGCGAAAUUAGAGUAGGUAAGCAUAAGAUGCCCAGAUGUUGCCUCGAGUUCUUCAGUAGGUUUCUCAGUGCCGUAAAGAAAAUCUUUUAAUGCGGGAUUCGGUUUUUGAGCCCCUCGCGCCCCCUGGAGGGAGUAAACUUUCUCCUAGGAAACCAGAGGACCAUCUCUAGGAAACGGCUAUUAGCUUGUAGCAUUUGUUUCAUUGCGCUUGCCGUAGACUUGUGGAAGUUUAUGUAAAAUCAUGAUGGCGGCGGCCUGUGCAAGAACGCUCAGUAAGGUCGCCCGGUUAGUUUUAGACACGCCGACAUGCCGUGUAACAAACACCGCAGCAUUAGUGCCGAGAAUCUCCGUGAGAUGCCAAGGAAGGGCUUACGGUACCGGCGGAGCGGGAUUUAGAUCCAGGAUGUUGCUCGCUGCGCCGGUGCGUGGCAGUGGGAGAGUCCUGGGAUGCGCCUUCUUGCUCGGUGGUGGUUUCGGCUUGUACCAGACCGUCAAACUCACGCUUCAGCGUCAUCUUGCAGAGGAAAAAUCAAAUGCACCUGAGCUGGGGACAGAUCUGAAGUUGACUCUGUAUCAGUAUAAGACCUGUCCGUUUUGCAGCAAGGUGCGAGCCUUCCUGGAUUAUCAUGGUCUGCCAUAUGAAAUUGUGGAGGUCAAUCCCGUUAUGCGACAGGAGAUCAAGUGGUCCACUUACAGAAAAGUUCCCAUCCUGAUGGUGAACGGGAUAGUGCAACUCAAUGAUUCUUCUGUAAUAAUUAGUAUUUUGAAGACAUACCUGGUCAGCAGGGAAAAAACAGUAUCUGAGAUUCUCAAUUGUUAUCCUGAGAUGAAGGCAAAAAAUGACAGUGGAAAAGACGUGAUAGAGUUUGGCAAUAAGUACUGGGUCAUGGUGCGAGAGACAGAAGCUGAUCAUCUAUAUCCUGGAAAAGACACCAGAAAAGAGGAGAUUAAAUGGCGGAAAUGGGCAGAUGAGUGGCUGGUGCACCUAAUUUCCCCAAAUGUUUACCGCACGCCGACUGAAGCCCUUGCAUCCUUUGACUACAUAGUGCGAGAAGGCAAAUUUGGCACAUUUGAGGGAUUCUUUGCUAAGUAUUUUGGAGCUGCUGCCAUGUGGAUCAUUUCAAAGAGAUUGAAAAAUAAACACCAUCUGCAAGAUGAUGUGAGACAGGACCUCUACAAGGCUGUCAAUGAUUGGGUGGCAGCCAUUGGGAAAAACAAGAAAUUUAUGGGAGGCGAUCAACCCAACCUUGCAGAUCUGGCCGUGUUUGGUAUUCUGAGGGUUAUGGAGGGCCUUCAGGCAUUUGAUGAUAUGAUGGAACAUACCAAGGUGAAGACCUGGUAUCGAUGUAUGCAGAAGGCCACACAACGGGAGUCAUAAAAUCAAAGCUUCUGUCAUCGCUGCACCAACUUGAAGCAUUUGAUACCACAGCACAACUUCUCAGUGUCUACUGGUAGUCUACUGGUUUUGCGAAUCUUAAAAGACUAAUUUUUGUCCAGCAAAUAAACUGGCUUCCAUCCUUCCUUUGCUCGGACUGUAAUCACAGAGCUAAGAAUUUAAUUAGAAGAGAUUUAAAAAAAAACAUAGAAGGACCCCCCAUUUGUUUUGCAACUAAACUGUAUUUCUCUCAUAGUGUUUCUUUUACUUUAAGCAAAGUGCAACCUGAAGCAAAUGCUUUUUAAAGUUAAACAACCACAUAUAGUCUAUAGACAUUGUGAAUGGGUUUUAGAGGGAUUGUUUUGAAAUCAUCCAAUUUUUUCCAUCUCUGUGAACUAGUUUGAAGCUUGAAAAUAGGUUACCAACAAAUGUAUAAUCUGGUAAUUUUUCAGCAAAUGACGGUUAAUCUUUUUCCACAAGUUGCUCAUUCUUGUUUUGCUCAUUCUUGUUUUUUUGAAUUUCUAUUUUGUUCCUUUUGUCAUACUUUAGGUUACCUAAGCAGAUGAGCUCAGCCCUGAGCGCUGUAGAUGCUUAUGUCUACCUCAGUUUGCAUUACUGUUCUCUGGUUCAUAAGUGUCCAAUCUGAAGUUGCAGUGACUUUAAAAUCUGUGGUUUUGGUUUACUGAAUGUUCAUAUUAAUGCUUUUCAACCUUGGGUUCUCAAGGGGUUUAACUUAAAAUGUGAUCUUACUGAAUAAUGGUUAUGUGAAGGUUGCUUUGGACAUUUGGAGUGUCCAGUUAACCAAGAACUUUUGCCUAUGCAGCAUAUUUUGUCAAAUGAAAUAAAGUAAAAAUCUCAAGCA